UGGCCUGCUCGCCCGGCGGACCAUGGAGGCCCCGAGGCCCCCGCCGUGGGGGUGGCGUGGCCGGUGGCUGCUGCCGAGGCGAGGGGGCUUCCUGGCCGUGUGGCUCUGGGCGCUGGGGCUGCUGCUGCUGCCUUACCGUCUGGACGCGAAGCUGCCUCACGAAGAGGACGUACACUUUAUCAAUGAGUACGUGAACCUGCACAAUGAGCUCCGGGGCAACGUCCUCCCCCGAGGCUCUAACUUGCGCUUCAUGACUUGGGAUGUAGCUUUGUCACGGACUGCUAGAGCAUGGGGGAAAAAAUGUGUGGCUGAACAUAAUACUCACUUAGAUGAACUAAAUAUGGCCCAUCCUAAAUUUAAUGGUAUUGGUGAAAACAUAUGGAUUGGACCUGAAAAUGAAUUCACUGCAAGUAUUGCUAUCAGAAGUUGGUAUGAAGAGAGAAAAAAGUACCAUUUUGAAAAUGACAGUUGCUCUAGUGACUGUUCUCAUUAUAAACAGGUUGUUUGGGACACAUCUUACAAAAUUGGUUGUGCCGUAACUCCAUGUACAAAGAUUGGACAUAUUAGAUAUGCAGUAAUUUUCAUAUGCAACUAUGCACCAGGAGGAUCUCUGUCAAGAAGGCCUUAUAAACAAGGAGUAAUUUGUACUCAAUGUAGCAGAUUUGACAAAUGCACAGAUCUUCUAUGCAGUAACGCAGAUCGUGACCAAUCCGUAUAUUAUCGAUUUUGGUACCCCAGAUGGGAAGUUCCCCGGCCAAUUGUGUGUGAUCCACUGUGCUUAUUUAUUUUCUUUCUGAGAAUGCUGUGUUUUACAAUAUGUAUCACAGUUGUUUUAAUAAUACAGUCUCGGUUUCCAAAUAUAUUGUUGGAAGAAGAGAUAAUGUUUGCCUCUGAAGUAGUUGAGGUACAGCCAGAAAAGUUACAGGAGGUGAAGGAAGAAGACAAGGAAAAGAAGAAAGAGGAAGUGAAGGAAGAGGAAGGAGAUAAAGAAGAGGAAGAGGAGGACGAGGAGGAGGGGGAUGAGGAGGGCAAGGUGGAGGAGCAGUAAGAUUUACCACCGUCAUAGGCCAAAAGCAUAAUACAAAAAACAAUAUAAGCAAAAAAUAAAAUACUGAGCUUUAACAAAAAAGAAUAUAUAUAAACCGCUACUGGAAUACCUUUUAUUCUCUUUCUUCUUCAACAAAUUUAAAUUUGAAAAACAUAGAAACAAACAAAAAACUUGUAUUUUAUAGUAAUUAGUAUAAGGCAAGCUCUUAGACACUAAGAAUAGGUAAAGACGUGAUGAUAGAAAUACUACAAAAGAUUUGACCAGUCUAAUGAGUCUUAAGAUUUAACUGUGUUAUCCUUAUAAAGGAAGGAAUUCCCAUUGUGUAAAUGUUUCUAUCUCUAUGUUUUAAAUAUUUCUUAAGAGGGUUAAUAAGUUUCUUAAGUAUUAAGAUUAUACAUGUAAGUGCAUAGAACCAUUCCAACUUAAGAUAACCAUUUAAUAACCUUUGGCUUUCUUGUUUUUGUCAUCACUAUUAUGAUUGUUAUUUUUUUUCUAUCUAAAAUCAAUUAAUUACUAUUUAUAGUUACUGAUAGUGGUGAUGAUGGUGGUGAUGAUACUGACCAUGUGGUAUCAAGGCAUUGAAUAUCAUUAUGUGUAUUUGUAUUGUGUGUGUUUGAAAUAGUUUCACUGGUACUGGCACUGUUAGGAGACAAAUUCUUAUUUCUACUUCAUGUUUAAUAUUUUAUUAAAGACUUGUUCUAAUUCUUUACUAGGCUGUAAUUUGUUAAUUUGUUGCCACCAAGGACAAAUAAAUGUCAAAAGUUUAAUUAUU